GACGAAAAUGAUAUUUCGAGGCGCCCCGAACCCUAGCGAAGACAGUUUGCACGGGCGUGUACCUUACGAUCACGAUCAAGUCCAUUCAUUCAUUAGGCGACGGCGAUGUCGUUCCAACAUACAGAACUUGUGCUAUAACGCCGCGAAUGUACUGUAUCCUCGUAGAUCAGGAGUCAGAUUAUGAUUGCUUUCUGGUUAGAUGUAGUGUGACGCUGGGGUUGGAAUCGUCUAGUUUGGAGCCGAUGUCAUCGACACCAAGAAAGCCCCUGGAUGGUUGUUGGAACAAGAAGAUCAUCAUCAUCAUGGCCUUUGCCUUUGCCAUACAAUAUGCCAACGUCUGGCUAGAUGUCCAAGAUUACAAAUUAGUCCAUCGCUUGGUGAGAUCAUUUUACUUGUGUGGCGGUGCUCGAAGUCGUCAUUCCCCCCCUCUACAUGCCGUUUCCUGGCCAGAUGGACUCAAUUACGCAGAAGCCACUGGACUUUUUCGAAUUUCGGGGCGUCUGUGAACCACGAACGCCGUUGUAUUAGAUGACGUCAGGGGUCAGAAUUUCCAGCCCCUCCAGCUCGAAUACGAUGA